AUGUGGGUGCUGGAUAAGAUCCGUGGGUCAGUAGAGACCAAGGUGCUGCGGCAGGGGGAGAACGGGGACAAGAAAGGCAGUGGCCCAUCCUACAGCAACGUGCUCACCCCUGACAAGAUCCCAGACUUCUUCAUCCCCCCCAAGCUGGUCAGCUACCCGCCGGAACCCGAGAUCCCGGACGUGAAGCCCAAAGAUGGCGUGCGACCCUCCACUUCAGAGCAGACCAUUGGGAGUGGGAAGAAAAUCAGUAGUCCUCACAGCCCACGCAUGGUUACCAAGCUCGCCGUGGACACCAAGAACCUGCUGAGAGCUGCAAACCGCCACAUUAUACAGAUAGAGAGCGCCGACGACGUGGUGGCUGGGGACACCAAUGCAGACCCCCAGUCGCAGACAGCUAUGUCCUUGCCCUACGUACCCAAGACCCAGACCUCCUACGGCUUUGCCACACUGAAAGAAAGCCCCCACACCCGCCGCAAAGAGUCACUGUUCCACUGUGAGCUCACCAGCCCCAUCACCUCGCCGAACUCCCAGAGGAAAUCGCAAGUGAAGGGCGGGGGUGGCAGUGAGGGGGCCAACCACCUCAACCCAGCCGACUGCAACACCUCUCACAUCAACCCCUACCGCUACUUCAGCGGCGGGGAGAGCGACACCUGCUCCUCAGCCGAGUCCUCCCCAUUCAGCUCCCCGCUUCUCUCGCGCUCCGCUUCCCUGCUCAAGAUAUUCACCCACGAGACGCAGGCCAAGGUGGUGAAGGCCAAGCGGACAUUCGCGCGCCACAGUUCCCUGUCCACCGACGAGUGCAGCUCGGCCGAGCCCAGCCCCAACAUCCAGCGGCGCCUGCACCCACCGAUCCUCCACGGCAGUGCUGGGCCACCAGACCACGGGCAGCACCGGGAGCACACCAUCAACCUGCACAAAGGCGGGACGGUGAGGAUCAGCGCCAACUACGACGCUGGAACGGCACGUCUUCGCAUUCGCCUCCUGGCCGCAGAGAACCUCUACGACAAGCUUUUCGACAUAAAGAGCAUCAACUGCUGCGUGUCCGUCUACCUGAACCCGGGCAAGCUGCAGAAGCAGAGGAGCAACAUCAUCAAGAACAGCCGCAACCCCGUGUUCAACGAGGACUUCUUCUUUGACGCAGUGACUUCAGCUCAGGUGAAGAACCUGGCCGUGAAGAUUAAGGUGGUCAACAGGGGUACAAGUCUGAAAAGGGAUACACUACUGGGAGAGAGAGAGGUACCUCUGACCAAGCUGCUCUCCGGAGUUUAA